AUGGACAAACCACCCCGCAGCCAAGAUCGCAAUGCGCUGUUCCAAAGGCAGCUGAAGCCAUGUUGUGUUGGCAUAAGCCAACUGGCCAUCCGCCAGUCGGAGGCCCCAUCGGCUCCUCGAGAACUGCUCGAUCUCACAACCCAGCUGCUCGCUAUUCUCAAAGAGCAAACAGGGAUUGGCUCCGGUGCACUCGAUGAAAAGUUGGCCGAGUAUGUCUUCUUUCCCAUGUACCACAUCUUUCGCCAGAUGGAUCAGUAUCCGAUGAUGCUGGUGGAGAAUUGUGUGAAAUGCCUCCAGAUUCUCAUCACACAUGGUUGGAAAUCCCAACUAUCUGCCAAGAUGGUGCAGCAAAUAUUGAGUCUCCUCAUCUUCAUCAUCGAUGGAACCCCUGACUCUCGCAACAAGCGAGAUGUUCCCGAAGAGACUGUGCUGGAGACGUUUCGCGCCCAGACAGCCCUGUUCGACACCAUCGCCUCCUCGGCGACGGCAUCUUAUGGUCUGACCGAACAGGACACGAUUCCUAUAUUAGGACACGGAAUCGCCGUCAUGCUGGACGGCGCGGUUGACGGCGCCAACGCCGAGGUUCAGGGAGAGGCGCUGAAAUCCUUGCAAGCUGUGAAUGCCGCACUCAGGGAUCAAGACGCUCUGGCAAGCUUUCUUCCGGGAACUGUGUCAUCUCUUACUAAGAUUCUUGCCACGCCGAAACGGCACAAGACAGCCGUGCUAUCAGGCUGCCUAGAGACUACGCGGUUGGUCUUGACCCGGGUAUUGGGUGACAUGAGAAUGAGGUCAAUUCUAGGCCAUCAAGGCGUGGAGCAGAACAGCAUCGAGGGCGACAAGAUUCUUAGCCCAGCAUGGCUCAAGGCGACAGUACAUCAAGUUAAACUCGCUCUAUCAACCACCAUGAAGCUUCGUACUCACGAUGCCCCUGCGGUCAAGAUGGCUCUCGAAAAGCUUUGCAUCACCUUGCUGGACGAAUGUCGCGCAACAUUGUCGAACUGCACGGCCAUGCUGGUUGAAACUGCCAUCAUCCUCGAUUGCGGCGAUGACAGCAACGUGUCGGCGCAAACAAGCUUGAGGCACCUAGCCAUCAUAUACCCCGAACUGGGAGAAGAUGUCAAGACGACCGUGUAUAACUGGAUGUCAAGUUUGUCGAGGAUAAUGCAAGCAGCUGACGAGGACUCGAAACGGGUUGCGGUACACAACUUGUCCAAGGGGGUUGGCCUGUUGCAGAGCCUUGGGAUCGAAUCAUCAACUCUUGAAGACGCCAUAUCUAGCGCGCUGAGAGACAGCAUCAUCGCCAUCAUGAAGUCGGCAUCGCAUCCAUCCAGCCCUUCCAACCAACUUCAGCUCCUCGAUGGGUCCACGUUGCAGGAACUACCUGGUCAAGCUGCAUUCCAACCGGUCAUUUUGGCCCGCGAAAGCCAAAAGGGCCUGAGAUUCGAACUGUUGGGACUCAUGGGCAUCAUUGGCUCAGCAACGCAGAAGGCCAAGCUAGGGGCGAUGAUGAUGGAGUACGUUCAUGAUACGCCGGCGGAGGACCAAGUAGCCGCCAUGUGGCUCUGCUUCGAGUUGCUCAAGGCCGCACAGAAACACUCGGCGGAAACCGAAGCCUUCUUGGAUCUGUCCUCUUUUUCGCUCGCCGAACGGUCGGGAGACUCGGAGACAUUGUUGGACGAUCUCUACGGAUGGGCCAUCCAGAUUUUGGAUUCCCACUUGGACUCUGACUCGGCAGACUGGCGCUUGGAGGCGCUUUCAAUGGAAGUUGCCGCCUAUGCUGCACACAGAUCUGGCCUCUCCUUCCGGCCUGAACUGAUAGAUGUCCUGUUCCCCGUCGCGACAUACCUAGGAUCCGAGAAGGUGCAAUUGCAACAACACGCGAUGGCGACAUUGAACAGCAUAGCGGGGUCGUGCCAAUACGCAAGUGUAUCCGAUUUGAUGGUCGAAAACGUCGAUUACAUGGUCAAUUCUGUCUCUCUGCGGCUGAACACGCUGGACAUUUCUCCGGCAUCCAUGCAGGUGCUUCUGAUGAUGAUCCGCCUAGCGGGGUCGCGGUUGAUACCCUUCCUCGACGACGUUGUCGACUCUGUAUUCGCCGCGUUGGAUAACUAUCACGGCUACACUUUUUUCGUCGAGAGCCUCUUUUCCGUCUUGAAAGAGAUUGUCGAUCAAGCGUCGGAAGCAGAACGCGGCCUACUGACCGACCGGGAACGUACAGCCGCGAACCACAAGAAGAAGGCACCAGAAGGAAAGUUUGUCGAUUUGCUCGAUUUCCUGGACAAGCGCAAGGCGCGACAGGAUCGAGACGCCGCAGAGGCUGCGGGUGAGAAGCGUAUUCAAGGGCAUCCAGAAACCCCCUGGACAUCCGAUGCCGCUGGGGACGCAACGGGCGUGCCACAGGAGCCGGAGCGUGCACCAAGCGAUGAGAGGCCACCAAACUCACCGACAUACCAACUGCUGCUCAGAAUAGCGACGUCCACCCAACACUAUCUCACAUCCCCGACGCCAAAGCUGAGGAGAUCUCUGCUGGCGUUGCUCACGACGGCGUCGUCGAUCCUAGCCGGAGAUGAGGAUGCCUUUUUACCCCUUGUCAAUGCCGUUUGGCCGGUCGUGAUUGGCAGGCUCUACGACCAGGAAAGCUACAUCACCAUCGAAGCAUGCCAUGCGCUCUCAGGUUUGUGCCAAGCAGCUGGUGAUUUCUUGAGUUCAAGGUUCAGGACGGAGUGGGGGGAUGGACUUGGCGCUUGGUGCAGCAAGGUCAAGGAGCAAGCGUCCAGCAGGUCGACUCGACGCAGGCCUUUCGAGGCGGACCCCCCGCCUGGAAGAGGCAGCGAGGUGCUGAUUCCGAUCCGAUCACAGGGCGGCCUGGAAGGCAGGUUGUCGACGCGGGAGCUUGGUGGCCCGUCAUCUAGCAGUCUCGGGCUCCACGCCUCGCCAGUCAAGGUCUGGGAGGCAGUGGUGAAGCUGCUGACGUCUAUUGUCUCGUACGUGCAUGUGGAGGAGGGGAUGUUUGACGACAUCUUGCUCUUGCUGUCGGAGGUGCUGGAAGAAAACAAGGAGGUCCGGGAGGCGCUCUCGGUCAUCAACGCCGACGCCGUUUGGCUCGUGCGAUACGAGCGGGGACUUGUCGAGCCUCUGCCGACUCCCAAGGUGGAAGGGUUUACGUUUGCUGGGUUGGCGCAGGUGCCACGGACGUCGGACUAG